AGGGUACAGCGUUUUAUGAGGACGAGAAACUAACCUUUUUUUUUCCUUCUUCUGUCCUGUGGUGAUGGAGGAGUCGCAGGAAUUACCGGAGUGUCCGGUUUGCUUGCAACCGUACGACGGCGAGUGCACGAUCCCGCGUGUGCUCGCUUGUGGCCACACGGUGUGCGAGUCAUGCCUCGUGAACCUCCCUAAGAAACUCCCGGGAGCGAUCCGAUGCCCCGCCUGUACGGUUCUCGUCAAGUACCCGCCGGAGGGUCCCACGACUCUCCCCAAAAACAUCGACCUCCUUAGACUCAUCCCCGCCUCUGAAAAUCCCCGAAAACCCGUCAACAAACCGAAAAAUGUCUCCCAUGUCCCUUUCCUCCCUCGAUCUUGGUCCGACGAAUUUUACUCCAACUGGAAAAACUACCUCCUCCGUGACGAUGACGUUGACAGAAACAAAGUGAGUCUUUUGCCUGUUGGGUAUUUUUCAACCGGUGGGGAGGAUGACUCUGUGUUUAAUACUGAGUAUCUCGUGAGAGUUAUGGAUUGUUUGCGUGAAAUGAAAGAGGAUGGAAGAGAAGAAUUGGGUUUAGUUUUAAGAGCAUUUACUAAGCAAAUUUGUAGAAUUUGUAGAAUGUUGGGUCUGUGGGGUGAUCUUGGGGAUGGGGUUUUGUAUUUAGUAAGUGAGAAGCAGAGAUGGGGUAACUUUUUGGAUGAAAACUUGUGUAGUUUUGAAAAAGAUGGGGUUUUUAAUUUCGCAAUGAUCGGUAUGGAAAUGUGCGAGGCCGUCGUUUCUUUACAUGGAGAAGGGUUGAUUGCUGGUUGUUUAAGCUUUGCUUGCUUUCAGUUCGAUGAUUUUGGGCAUAUAUAUAUUGAUUUGAACGAGGUGUUAUUGACCGGAAGGGGAAUAAAUGUUAUGAAUGUUGUUUAUAGUGGUAAAAAGAUUAGUGAUGAAGAAAUUGGUAUUUUGUUUAAAGAUUUGUUGAAAAGGGAUGUAUUUGUUAGCCCUGAGGUGUUGCUUAAGCUUUUAGAUAAAAAGGGUAUUGAGGUAGAGUGUGAUAGCUCAAGAUAUUCGAUAGGAUCUAGUUCGGAUGCUUGGUUGUUAAGUUGUAUUCUGCUUAGGAUUGUCAAUGGGGAAGCUUUUAGUGAUGAGUUGGUUGAUUAUAUGUGCCAUAUUAUUGUGAAAGGAAGUGAAAAUUGUGAAAUAGAUUGUUCGAGUGUGUAUACAAGUUUCAUGGAGAAAGUGAGUUCUUUGUUUGGAACUAAAUUUGGGGACAAAUGUGUGCCUUUGCAACAGAUUCUAUGUAAAUGCUUGGAUCUUGAUCCCGAGCAUCGUUCACUUGUGAGAGAUGUAUGGAAAUGUAUUAGGGAGCUAGUUAUUAAACCUCAAUUCGAUAAAUUGGUGAAAUUGGAUGGUGCAAGUUAUGAUGAGAACGGAGAUCGAUGUUUGGUUGCGGGAAAAUUGUGUCUGAUGUCUGGGGUAAGACCUGUAAAACAGGAAAAAGAAGAGACACAAGGAAAUGAAACAAAUGGUGCAACGGACAUGGUUAAUGGUCUCACCGAGGGAAGCAUUAAAUCUAAAGAUUUGCAAGGCCAUCUUGAUUGUGUUUCCGGAUUAGCCGUAGGAGGGGGUUAUCUGUUUAGCUCUUCGUUCGAUAAAUCAGUCAAAGUAUGGUCUCUGCAGGACUACUCCCAUUUGCAUACGUUUAGAGGUCACGAGCACAAGGUAAUGGCUGUUAUCUGUGUAGAUGAAGAACAGCCAUUAUGCAUUAGUGGCGAUAGUGGAGGUGGCAUAUUUUUAUGGAGUAUUACUACCCCUUUCAAGCAAGAACCGUUGAACAAAUGGUACGAGGAAAAGGAUUGGCGCUACAGCGGAAUUCAUGCUUUGGCAGUUUCAGAGAACGGCUAUUUAUACACAGGAAGUGGAGAUAAAUUGAUUAAAGAAUGGUCAUUACGGGAUGGCACCCUGUCAGGCACUAUGACUGGCCAUAAAUCGGUAGUUUCUGCCAUAGCAGUGAGUAAUGGAGUUCUUUACAGUGGGAGUUGGGAUGGAACUGUUCGAUUGUGGAGUCUAAGUGAUCAUAGCCUUUUAACUGUUUUAGGGGAAGACAUGCUGAGAACCGUGUCCACCGUCUUGUCUCUUGCAGCUGACCAGCAUACACUUAUUGCUACUUAUGAAAAUGGCUCUGUAAAGAUCUGGAGGGACGAUGUGCUUCGGAAAUCAAUGCAAAUACACAAUGGUGCCAUUUUCACUGUUAGCUUGAGUGGGAAAUGGCUUUUUACAGGAAGUUGGGACCGGACCAUCAAGGCACAGGAACUAGCAGGAGACGAUGUUGAAGUAGAUGUUCUACAGAUUGGAUCAAUUCCUUGUGAUUCUGUCAUAACAGCUUUAUCAUACUCGGAGGGGAAGCUUUUUGUCGGUUUUGGUGAUCGGAACGUUAAGGUAUACUAUCAUGGGAAGUGAUCAAGGUUUAUCAUCACCCUAACCGUUUCUCCUCUGGGAUUUAGCUGCUGGCAAACCUUGUAAUCUGGUUCUGAUAGACGACGGUGCGGAUGACCUUUGUACAGAAAAUCACACCGAUACAUGUAUACAGGGCGUGAGGAGUGUGAAGUGUCGCAACUCAUGUUGAAGUUCUCCUCAUGACAAGUAAAAUGACGGUAAAU